AUCGCUCAGCACGGCAGGUCAGCGGGGACGGGGGGCGGCCGCGCUGCCGCGUCCCGCCGGGCCGGGUGGCGGCGGGGACGUGUUGGGGCCGACCCCGGUCGCGGCGGGUGCGUGCGAGAGGGAGCGGAUGUUCUCGUGUGGUUGGUGAAAAUAAGCCUACGCUGCAGGAAUGCAAGAGGAGCAACAGCCUGAGGCUGCUGCAGAUCCAAUGUCGUCCUCUGAUGCACCAGAUGAUGGCCCAAAGGAAACGUCAAGUGUAUCGCAGAAUAUCUCUGAUGCAGAUGCAUUUAAAAUUCUCCUCGAGAUGAAGUUGAAGAAGAGGCAGAAAAGACCUGCUUUACCAAGCACUGUGACUGAGCUUGACACUGAGGAUGGUUCUAAAGUAUAUGUGGUUGGAACAGCCCACUUCAGUGACAGCAGCAAAAAGGAUGUAGUAAAGACAAUACAAGAAGUGCAGCCUGAUGUAGUUGUGGUGGAACUGUGCCAGUACAGAGUUUCUAUGUUAAAGAUGGAUGAAAAGACAUUACUAAAAGAAGCCAAAGAAAUAAAUCUGGAAAAACUUCAACAAGCUAUAAAGCAGAAUGGAGUCAUGUCUGGAUUGAUGCAAAUGCUGCUUCUGAAAGUUUCUGCUCACAUCACAGAACAGCUGGGAAUGGCCCCAGGAGGAGAAUUCAGGGAGGCUUUCAAAGAGGCCAGUAAAGUACCUUUCUGUAAAUUCCACCUGGGAGACCGACCCAUCCCUGUUACAUUUAAGAGAGCAAUUGCUGCGCUUUCCUUCUGGCAAAAAGUCAAGCUUGCUUGGGGCCUUUGCUUUUUAUCUGACCCCAUCAGUAAAGAUGAUGUGGAGAAAUGCAAACAGAAGGAUUUACUGGAACAGAUGAUGGCAGAAAUGAUUGGAGAAUUCCCUGAUCUUCAUCGAACGAUUGUCUCUGAACGAGAUAUUUACUUGACCUACAUGCUGAAGCAAGCAGCAAAGCAGAUAGAACUACCUCGAGCUUCAGAAAAUGAACCUAGAAAAUAUAUCCCAGCUGUUGUAGUUGGUGUUGUUGGCAUGGGUCAUGUACCUGGAAUUGAAAAGAACUGGAAUUCUGACUUAAAGAUCCAGGAAAUAAUGAGUGUGCCUCCUCCAUCAGCUUCAAGUAAGAUUUUCAAAUUUGUUUUAAAAGCAACAGUUUUUGGACUGCUGGGAUAUGGCUGCUACCGAAUAGGUCACAGGACAGUUCAGUUUGUUCUCUCAAUGCCAGCAACACAGAGCUAUCUUCAGAGGCUGACAGAGGUGCCUCAGCAGUGAACAUCAAGUAGAGGCUCUGUGUGAAGAAGGUGGCUGAAGAAAGGGUGAUGGAGGCAACGCAUGAGCUGGACUGAAGGAUGAGGAUUCUAGUCAGAGCUGAUUGAUGCUGAGCAACACUCAAUCACUAUAUAAUAAAAUAUUUGAUACACCAGCUAUGAUCUAAUCAAUAGUUUUGAUUCUUAAUAGGUGUGUUGCAUGAAACCAGAUGA